AUGCCGGGUGGGGGCGGAGCUGAAGAGGACCAGGUGUUAGGUGACGAUGGGGCAGGAGAUGACAGGAGGACAGGUGAAGGAGGGGGGCCUGUUGAAAUAGGUGUAGAGGGGGGUGAUUUCCUCAUUUUCCUUGGUGGAGUUUUCGAAGUGAGGGGAGUAAGAAUCGGGGUGUCAGGAGAAGAUUUUGAAGGAGUUCUUUUCCUUUUAGCAACAAUAUCAGAAAAAAGUCUAGUGGGUGGUGGAGGAAAAGGUAACAGUGGUUCUGAGGACUUUGGCGAUUUGGGGGUAUUCGACUCGUUUAUCUCAGAGGACCCCUCAGAACCGACAGAAUUGGCGGAAUCUGGUGACGAAGCCUUUGUGUCUCAAUUCUCUGACUUGUUGCUUCAGAGGCUGUUUGAAGCAGCCAUACAAGCUUCUGGGGAUCAUGAUAAGGUCAAAUCCAAUGCAGUAAGAGGCCUUGGCAUGCUGGUACGCUUCAUGCAACCUCAGACAUUAGCUAAAUCCAGUUUUCAAUCUCUCAUUGAGAAAGCUGUGAUGGCUCUCCUUAAGAAUAUUAAUGGAGGUGCUGUGAAGGUGCGUUGGAAUGCCUGCUAUGCUCUUGGGAACAUGUUCCGGAACACUAGCCUUGGUCUGGGGACAGCAUCAUGGGGGUCAGAUGUCUAUAGGUCACUCAUUAAGGUCAUCACAGAGUGUAAGAACUUUAAGGUUCGGAUCAACGGUGCCCUCGCGCUUUCCAUCCCAUCCAAGAGACUCGAUUACGGUUCCGUCAAUCAGUUCACUGAGGUGUGGUCAUGUCUGGUCCAAGCCAUGGCCGUCAUCGGUCAAGUGUCCGAGAUAUCCGAGCUGAAAUACAGAGAUACUCUCCGAGAUCAGUUAUGUCAAACAAUAAUCCAUCUUGCCCUGCUGGUUGAUGAAGGGGAUCUUUCCCACCUGAACCCAGUCUUGAAAGGGAAUGCAGAAAUGAUGCAAGCAAACAUUCAAAAGUUUUCAGCUACGAGUAGUUCAGCAUCCAAGCCACAUGGUAAGUCAAACCAUUCAUUGCUGUUUGGGAAUGAUGUGGCUCUGGUAAGAGAUCAUCUCACUGAGCUUGAGGGCACCCCAGGGCUGCAACCGGGAGCCAUGGAAGCUUUGGAGAUGCUGCAACAGGUCUUUGUUGCCAUGACAACAGAAGUGAUGCUGGAUGACACCGAUCCCCAGAGCAUGAGCUCAGGAGUAGGGAUUCCGCUGGAUUGA